AUGAAGGGCGUGAAGGACGGCUCGCGCCGCUUGAAAGACGAGAUUGCCCGGUCGAUGGGCGCUGGAACUGAAGGGGGCGUCGACCCGGUGCUGGAAUACCGCACGCAAAGGUUCAAUCGCUACAACGAUCGUCUCGAGGACCUCUCGAAGGCCAUGACGCACUACACGAACGCAACGCACGCGUACGCCCAGGCCACGGCGCAGCUCAUGCACGCGUUUUCGGCGUUCUUCGAGUCUCAAAUGCAGGACGCGCAGGAAGCAUCAGCGGAAGCUCCCGAGGCUCCAGGUGUCAAGGCACUCGCUCAGAGCUCUCUCCGCGUGGAGGAGAUCCAGCAGUCGCUGCAGGAGAAUGUGUUCGAUGUGGCUCAAUCUCUCCAGUAUCGCACAGUAGUGCAGCCACUUCAAGAACUGAGAGCGAGCAAUGCCAGCCUGGCCCAACAGCUACGCAACCUGAAGCAAAAGGUGCAGUCAAUCUUAAAGCUUCGAAGCACUACAAUACCUUCUAAUGACGUUGUUCUAUCAUUGACACAGCUCAGCGACUUUGACUCGGCCCAGCGCAAUGCUGAAGCUCAGAAAAGGAGCCCUCCAGACUUUGAGAAGGCGCAACAGAAGCUCCAAGCCGCUACAGCAUCGCUGUCCGCCGUUGCAGAAAGUGUCGACACCGACAUGAGCAUGAUCGAGGCCCGACGGGAUUCAACUCUCAAGAACGAGCUGCUGACGGUCGUAGCGGCCCAACUCUUCAUUCACUCGCGCGCGAACGAUCAUCUGCAGCAGUUGGUGCCGCUCCUCCCUGGCGUGGCCAAGCCGCUGGUGCUGCUGCUGGCGGAGUCUGCGCGCCGUCGACGACCGGCCAACCCGGCCACGACGGACGUCAUGGGCGUGAUCUCGUACUCUGGCGAGUACUCUCGAGGUGUCCUGGACCAGCCAGUUCACUGCCACCGAGACAGUUUGGGGGAUGUCGCCGCCGUGCACCCGAUUGGGAUCGCUCCGUUCAAGGUACAGUAG